GCGCACACAGCGCGCCACCACUGCUGUCCACCGAUCUUUUCCCAGACACAAUGACAGAAUCAGCGAGGAGACGAAGACGUCCGCGGGCGCUGGCCGCGAUGCUGGCGGUGACCCUAACAUGCGACGGGAGUGCGGCGGCCUUUGUGCCGCCGCCCGCCGGCCCAUUACACUUCCCCUUUUCUUCCGCAACAGCAGCAGCAGCAGCAGUUGCGCCAGCAGCAGGGCGAGCGUCUCAGCAGCAUCCCAGCCAGCAGAAACCGGGGCUACUACAAGGUGGGUCUCCUCGUUGGUUCUCCUCCUCCUUCUCCUCCUCCUCUGCUCUCGCUGGCUCGGCACCAGCGGACGGUGUUGUCCCGACGGACUACACGGACGGUUGGGAACCGAGGGACGGGGUGGAGAUCGGGACGUGUUCCCUCGUGGGCUCCGGGCCUGGCGAUCCCGACCUGCUCACAGUCGCCGGCCUGCGGGAGCUGCAGUCGGCCGACCUGGUCAUCGCGGACCGGCUCGUCUCCAAAGAGAUACUGGGAUUGGUAGAAGGCGAGCUACGCGUGGCGCGCAAGUACCCGGGCUGCGCGGAACAGGCCCAGCGCGAGAUCUACCGCUGGAUGCGAGAGGGGCUAUCGGCCGGCAGGCACGUCGUCCGGCUCAAGAUCGGGGACCCGUUCAUCUUCGGCCGGGGCGGCGAGGAGGUCCUGGUGAUGCGCGAGCUGGGGGUGGAGCCGAAGGUGGUGCCGGGGAUAUCCUCGGUGUUUUCGGCGCCCUUGCUCGGGGGGGUCCCCGUGACCCACCGGGGGGUUGCGACACAGGUAACCCUGGGCACCGGUUACGGGCAGGACUACGCGCGACCGGACAUCUGCGACUACCACCCGCAGAAGACGGCCGUCUUCCUCAUGGCGAUCGGUCGCCUGGAGGAGCUUUGCGCGGACCUCGUGCGCCGCUCCUACCCAACAGACACCCCCGUGGCCAUCAUCGAGAACGCAUCCACUCCUCGACAAAGGGUCAUCAAGGGCACCGUGGACACGAUUUCGAAGGUGGCGCGCGGGCUGAAGGUGAAGGCGCCGGCCACCAUCGUCGUCGGGGAGGUCGUGAGCGUCCUGCACGGGCCCGAGCAGGGCCUCCUAAGCGAUGCCGCGGAGGGGAUGUUCGCUGGCGUGGACAAGGAGAGGGUCGCGAGCGCCGCCGAGAGAGUCGCGGAGAAGAAGGGCCUGUUCAGCGAGAAAGCGGUGGAGAAGGUGCCUGUUCGCCGUCAAGCGUGA